AUGCCUGCAGUGUCCCCGCAGCCGUCGCACUCGCUGCCCCCGCACGCCCCGCCGUCUAGCAGCCUCCAGCUCGCCACAUCUGCGGUCGCCUGCCCCUGCCGCGAGCGCCUACCCUCCUCCUCCACAGCCGCCAUGCCGUCCCAGCCCCAGCCCGCCUCCGUCCACGCCCUCCCGCCCGAGCUCACCGAGCACGUCCUCAUCCUCACCGCCCGCGCAGGCUUCCCCACCGCCAUCGCCGCCCUCGCACAGACAUGCCGCGCCCUCACCGCCCUCGUCUACCACUCCCCCGACCACCAUCUCUGGCGCGAGGUCUUCCUCGCCACCUUUGACGACCCCCGCCGCUCCCCCAGAUGGGUCCCCGCGCGCGAGCGCACCUGGGACUGGGGCGCCGCCUUCCGCGCCCGCAUCUGGGCCGCCAACUUCUUCAAGCCCGGCCCGAGCCCGUCCGCCAGCAGUACGUCGCUCUCUUCGGCCGGAAGCGACGACGACGACGAGAUCGAGCGGUGUACGCGCGCCCUGGAGACCCUCAUCGACGUCGCCCACACCGCCCUCCCCUACCCGCCCUCCAUCUCCUUCCUCCCCACCCCCCAGCCGUCGUUCACCGCCGUCAACACCAUCCCCGGCUCCGCCCCCCAGCCCGGCUUCCCGUCCUACCCCAUCUUCCCCCCGUCCCCCACCCCCGAUCCCCUCCUCGCCGCCCUCCCCUUCGGCAACUGCCCCUGUGCCCAGGGCUACUGCGAGCCCGCCCGCACCGACUCGUCCAACGUCAAGUGGCUCGAAGCAGUCGUCGCCCAUGGCUUCCCGCCGUACCUCGCCAGGAGGCUCUCCGGUAAGAAGUGGGAGGGCGGCAUCAUGGGCGAGGACCUGCCGCCGAACGAGGCCCGCAUGAUGCAGGCCCUCGCCCGCGUCGUCGCCUUUACCGGCUUCCUCCCCGCGCGCACGCAGGGCAGCAUUCGCAGCGGGAGCUCGUCCGGGAGCACGCGCGGCAGCGACGCGAGCACCACCGGCUCCGACGACGAGUCCUCCGGCUCCGAGGGCUCGCACGACGAGUCCGCCGACGACGACGACGAGGAGAAGCAGCAGCGCCCCUCCUCAUCGACCACCCCGGCCCGCCUCGCCGCCGAGACCUUCAUCGCCGGCGCAUCCGUCGUCGCCGGCAUGUCUCUCGACACGAGCACUGCCGCACAGGCCCGCCGCGCGCGCCGCCUCGCCCGCAUGCGUGUCUACAACCUCCGCUUCCUCAGCCCCUGGCGCGCCUGGGGCCCCUUCCACCUCGUCGAGCCCACCGACAUGCCCCGCGCCCCGCGCACCCGCCCGUCGCCGCCACCCGCCCCCCUCAAGACCAACGGCAAGGCCCGCGCAAGGGAGAGCGACGAGGAACCCGCGUGCGGCCCGUACGACGUCGACUCGGACGACGAGGAGACGGACUGGGAGCCCCUCCCCGAGCAGCUCCGCCCUGCGUCGCACGCACGCCCGCCCCCGCCGAGCCUCCCCCCGCCCGCCACGCUCACCCCCGACUGGGCGUUCCUCGCCGCCGUCCGCGUCGUCGUCGAGGCCAAUCUCCGCGAGGCCGUCGGCGCCGCAGAGCUCGCCGGCCUCACCACCCUCGACGGGCUCCGCAACGGCUCCGCCCCCAUCGACCUCAGCGGCGGCGGCGACACCGGCCGCGUCCGCAGCGUCACCGCCCCCGCCGGCCCCCUCGAGGCCUUCCAGGGCGACUCUACCCGACGCAGGGGCAAGGGCGUAGACGACUUUGGCGGGCCCGCCCCGAGCACCGGUCUCCCCGCGACGACGGAGGGCUGGGACUGGGCGGGCGUGACGGGCAUCUGGAGGCGGUGCAUCUGCUGGCUCGACUACCGCGACCUCAUCUCGCACAACCUCUCGUCCGACUUCAACGACCCCGACCUCACCGAGGCCGUGCGCAUCGUCCCCAUGCGCCUCCGCGUCGCCUCGUACGGCCCGCCCCCCGUCCCCGCCUUCCCCGACCGCCCCACCCUCCACAUCGAGGGCGAGACCGCCGCCAACGGCGCCACCGGCACCGUCCGCCGCCUCCAGGGCACCGUCUCCGUCGUCAAGGACGGCUCCGUCCACUGGCGCAUCGUCCUGCUCGGCCUGAAUGAGGGAGAGCCCACCGAGUGGGUGACGGAGGGCGUCCAGAUCGGCGGCCAGACGUCCGCGAUGGGCGUCCUCGGCCUCUGGACCGGCUCCCAGCACGAACGCAUGGACCCCCUUGGGCCGUUCUGGGCGUGGAAGGUCGGCUGA